AUGGAAAAGGUGCAACAAUGGAGAGAUGCUUUAGCAGAAGCAUCCAAUCUAUGUGGCUUUGAUUCAAAGAAUUUCAGGGAAGAGUAUGCAAGGCAUCGACUAAACCAUUUGAGAAAGAAGCUCCUUUCUGAGUUAUUAAAUAUUGAUCAAGCUACUCUAACAAUGGGUACCCCAUUUUUAGCAUCACCGUAUAUUUUUGACAAACUUCGCCGUAAAAAGAUACUCUUGGUUCUUGAUGAUGUGGAUAGUUCAAAUCAAUUAGAAGCUUUAGUUGAAAGAUAUGAUCAACUUGCUCCUGGAAGUAGAAUUAUAGUUACUUCUACAAAUGUGCAAGGUCUAAAGAAAGUUGCGGAUAAAAACAUUUGCAAGGUUGAAGGAUAA